AUGAACUUAGCUAAGUUAUCAAAGUCCAAGACACUUCCAAUCCGCUUACUGAUCAUAUUCUUUAAAGUUUCUGGAUUCGCACCAUUCAAAGUGAGCGUUCUGCCAAAACCGUUCUUUAAGAAACGAUCAAGGAUCCGAUUGCUCUACUCACCAAAAGGGAUUGUAUAUAAUUUUAUUUUAUCACUUCCGAUGAUCAGGUUGUUGGUGUUCAGUAUAGCCAAACAUAAUGCAGAAGACCCGACGUACAUUUUAGGCAAGUGUAUGGUAAUAAGCAGCGCAUUCGCUGCUCCAGUGAUUUUGGGAUACUACUGCAUCAAACAAGGAGCAAUUAUAGAAGUUUUGAGCAGAUUGCUAAAAUUAGAAGAUGAUUUACUGGACAAGUUUAACAGAUCAGUUUCACGGCUGCACAAGUCUAUAACCUACGAAACUGUUGUGUUUGUUAUCUAUAUAUCUUUGACGAGUUCUCAUGUAGCACUGACUUAUUUUGAGUAUCCAGGUCUUUGGAAAAGAUCUCUGGUCACUCUUUUUAUUGAGAUAACUAUCAAUAAUUUAAUAUUCCAAUAUUCCUUGAUUGUUUACUACAUUAACAAACGGCUAAAUUACAUGAACGAAUUGCUUUUAUCCUUGAGCAAGAGUGAUAAUAACAGAUUAAAGAAUGAGGUUACGUUUCUUACAAGCUCUUCGCACAAUGAAAUGAUUUUGAAAACUAUUGUAUUGAUCAGAGAGUUGCAACGGAGCUUAUACGACAUUUUCAAAGAAAUAUCCAAGUUCUUCACCUGGCCGAUAUUUUUCGCCAUGACCAUUUUUUGUAUUAGAAUGCUGCUUUAUGCGUUCAAGUUUGUCAAACGGUUAAUACUUCACCCGGAAGAAACUAAUGUAGUGAUCUUUAUUAAGUGCCCGAUUUCUGUGCUCAAAGAAAUGUUUAUCAUUAUUAUAAUGGCACGACAUAUGACGCAAAUCACAGUUGAAAUGCAGAAAGCGGGAGAAAUUAUUUAUAAGAUCAUGGACAUUUAUUCAACAUCGGGAAAAAUUCAGUCUGAGUUGGAGCAGUUUUCAAUAGAAAUUCUACUAAGACGGAUACCAAAAUCUAUUUUUGGACUUUUUACAAUAGACGGUUCCCAUGUUGCCAUGAUUGUGCGAUCAACAAUAACGUAUGUAAUUAUUCUUGUACAGUUUAAUUAUAACCUUCAUACCCAAUAUGAUGGGAAUAUUGUUCCAGACAAGUACCGUUUAUAA